CCGGCGCUGCUGCUGCUGGGUCCCGCUGGCUCGGGGCGCUCGGCGCUCUCGUUCCGCGCGGCGCUGCUGGGCGCUUCCUCCUCCUCGCGGGCUCGCGCGCUCUUCUUGGCGCCGCGGCCUCUGGAGCGCCUGCCGGCCGGGGGCGCUGAUGCAGCCGGAGCCGGAGCCAUCCAGAGAAUCCACUUCCUGUACCCGCCAUCAUUCCAGGAGCUGCUUCAGCUGGUGGCCUCCCUGCAUGAAACCUUUUCCUGCUCCCUCUCCCUAGUCGUUCUGGAUGGCUUGGAGGAAUACUUGGGCAGUUGCUCCAGCCCAGCGAUGGCAGCUCAGCUUGUGGCCUUGCUGCUGGACACAGCGAACCAUUUCAGCCAGAAGCUCCCCGUGGAGUCUGCUGCAGGCUGCAAGCUUGUCGUUUCCAUGAGGCUUUCUGGAGAAGCUGGGGAACAAGCGGAGUAUUUCUCGGCAAUUGAGCGCUACUUCCCAGCCCAGUGCUGGCUGCAUCCGAGCACAGAGGAUAUUGCUGAUUCAGGUAGCCAGGGCAUCACCAAGCUGAUUAGAGCACGUCUCUCCCAGCCGGGCACUAAGGACCAAGAAUGGCUGGUGAGAUUUGAUCCACAAGGAGACAUGAGGAUUUCUCGGCUUCUGUACGAAGGGGAAGUUGAUGGGUGCACAGCUUCAGGGAGCAAUCGGCCCCCUGAGGCUUAAGCCUAUCCUGUUCUCAGCUCCCAAUUUUAGGCCUCUGGUGGUCCUUAGUUGAGUCAUUUUUGUGUUCAGGUAAUCAACUACCUCUGACCCAAAGACAUACAUUCACAUCCUAGGUGAUAACAUCUUUCUUACUCCGGUUUGUUGUUUGUUUCUUCCCAACUUUGGGCUGAGAGGUUGUUUUUUUUUUUUUUACGAGCAGCAAGUUCCAAUACUGUACUAUAGAGACAUUUCAGCUUCCCCAUCUGCUCUGCUGCACCUCCGAUCGCAAACGUGAAAUGUGCCUUUCUCGCUUUGCCAGUUGCAGAGAAAAGCCCUGGAAAGGAAGCAGGGCCCUAAGACACGGCAAACAGAACGCCAAGAGAUUAAAUAUCACACUUCUGAUUUUUAUUUAUUUAUUUCAUAUUUUUAAAAACCCAGUUGUAUGGUGUGAGGGAAAUGGUUUUCAGAGCGUGAUCUGGGGGAGAGAUGUGGACAGUUGCCUAUGGAGUGGGUGAGCAAAAGUGCCUCUUGGAUUCUUCACACUGUGUUACCUUGAGCAAAUAAAGAGAGAGAGAUCUCUA